AUGACCACUGGGGUCAGCAGCUGGCGCCAGCUGAGCUUGGGAUCCUUGGCCACUUCUUCGGGAGGUCUGCCAACGAUCCUCACGGAGAAGAGUCCUCGCAAGGUGCCGGAGGAUCACACGGUACGGGAGUGCGCUGAGCCAGAGCCAGCACCCAGCCCAGACCAACGCUCUUUGGACCAGCGCUCUUUGCCCACGCAGCCCAUGGACUUGUGCUUCGCGCGGGCAGGUCCCGUUCAGCCGGCCCUGGUGCUAUCCAUUCCUGGUAUGCCGGGCCGGGUAGGCACCAGCGGCAGUGCCUACUCCUGCGACUCAGAGGAGCUGAGACCAGACAGCCGCGAGUACCGCGAACUGUGGGAGGCUGUCCUGGAGGGGAACCUUGCCCAGCUGGAGGAUCUCCUGGCCCGAGGCCUGCUCAACGGGCGUUUGUGCGACGUCAACGGGCACAGCAUCUUUUGGAACGCACUGGCACACCAGCAAGUGCAGGUGGCCAUGUUCUUGCUGCAUCGGUUUCCGCCAGGAGGCCCGCGGGGUAUUGACCUUUCGGAGGUGCAUGCAAAGCGGGGCGACACGCUGCUCCACCUUUGUGUCUACCUCCAUCACUUCUCAGCGCCGGCAGCGGAGCUCUUCCAGUCUCUCUUUGGUUCCCGUCCGGGCUGGGAUGCGGAGUCCCUGCAGGCCUACCGCUGCCGCGGCAACGCGGAGCUGGAAACAGUGGCGCACUGCGCGGCAGCGCGUCUGAACUUCUGGGUGCUUCGCUUCCUGGCGGCGCGGGAGCUGCCGCUGCUCUUCCUGCGGAACCGCUAUGGGCUGACUGCUGUGGAGGUUCUCCUGCAGAAGCUCCAAGAUGCGAACGUUUCCUGCCCGCUGCUGGCAACCUUGCCGCUGUCAGAGGCAGAGAUGGCACGACCUGCCUGGACAGACUUCACUGCGUAUUUGCCGGGCAGAUCACAGAGCUUUGCAGAUCUGGAGCUCGAGGUGCAGGACGAGACGAGCGGCAGCUGCCGGGUUAGGGCCCAUCGCGCCAUCCUGGCUGCGGCAUCAGGUGUGCUGCAUCAGCAGUUGCUGGAUCUUCCUGCAGGAAGGCCCUUGCUGAUCGACCCCCUGUGUUGCCGCAGCCGGAAGGUGUUGGAGAUGGCACUGACGUUCUUGUACUGCUCGCAGCUGAGCUGCGACUUUGCUGAGGACGGCUUCCGCCUGUGGCAGCUACUGUGCCUGUGCGCCACCUUUCACCUACCGGAGCCUCUUUGGAGGUUCGCGAAGUCUGCGAUGCUGCGGACGCUUGGCAACCCCGAGUUCGCGGCCGUGGCCGCCGUGGCUCUGGAGGCGCGGGAAGAGAUUCAUUUAUCCGGCCCAGAGGUUUGCUUUGUGGCCCACGCCUUGCUUCGUAGCCCGGAGGCAGCCCUGCGGAAAUGGCCCACGGAGCAGCAGCGGCAGGCGGAGAUCGACGUGACGGUCGCACUGGAGGCGCCAGAAGCGGACAUGUGA